GGGAGGAGACCAACCCUGGAGGCGUGGUUAAGCUACCGUCCAUCUUUAGCUAGAGUACAGCGAGUUUAUCGAAAAGAAAACACAUUUUGGAAGUAAAGAAGACGUGUGGGAAAUAGUUUGGGCUAUAAUUGAAAAGAGAAAAACGAAAACCCAGACCCUAGCUAAAGCAGUAACAGACGGAAUGUGGACAGUGUCGUAGUGAAAGCCAUGGCUGACAAGAGAAAAUUACAAGGUGAAAUCGAUAGAUGUUUGAAAAAAGUAGCAGAAGGUGUAGAGCAGUUCGAGGAUAUUUGGCAAAAGCUUCACAAUGCAGCCAAUGCUAACCAGAAGGAAAAAUACGAGGCAGACCUCAAAAAAGAGAUUAAAAAACUGCAACGACUGCGAGAUCAGAUAAAAACAUGGGUGGCCUCAAAUGAGAUUAAAGACAAAAGGCAACUAGUCGAAAACCGGAAACUCAUAGAGACGCAAAUGGAGCGCUUUAAGGUGGUGGAGCGGGAAACAAAAACAAAGGCGUACUCUAAAGAAGGCUUAGGACUUGCCCAGAAAGUAGAUCCAGCUCAGAGGGAAAAAGAGGAAACGGGCCAGUGGUUAACGAAUACGAUAGACACUCUAAAUAUGCAGGUGGACCAGUUUGAGAGUGAGGUGGAGUCUCUCUCCGUGAUGACGAGAAAAAAAAAGGGUGACAAAGAGAAGCAAGAUCGCAUCGAAGAGCUUAAGAGGUUGAUCGAGCGCCAUCGGUUCCACAUUCGCAUGCUGGAGACCAUCCUGCGAAUGCUUGACAAUGACUCGGUACAAGUGGACUCUGUCCUGAAGAUCAAAGAUGACGUGGAGUACUACAUCGACUCUUCCCAGGACCCCGACUUCGAGGAGAACGAGUUCUUGUACGAUGAUCUAGACCUGGACGACAUACCACUUGUGGCCACGUCUCCAUCGGGGCAGGGAAAUAUUGAGGAUGAGAUGUUUCUCAACUCCAGCAGUACGCCCACUUCCACCACCUCCUCCUCACCCAUCCCUCCCUCCCCGGCCGCCUGCACUGCUGUAAGUUCAUGCAAUCCUCCCUUUGCUUGGGACGAUUCCAUCACUUUGGAGAACUCUGAGGACGACAAAAAACGAGGUCGGUCGACAGACAGUGAAGUUAGUCAGUCGCCUGUGAAGAAUGGCACUCCUUCCCUGUUGUCUUCCUUCUCUUGCUCCUCCACCUCCGGCUCCUCCUCCUCCUCCUCCUCGUUGGUGUCCAUGGCGAGCAUUGUCGGAGGCAUUCCCGUGGUGCCCACAAGCAACAGCCUGAUCGGGAGCUUCAGCAGCGCUGUGCAACAGCACCAGCAUCAAAUGUCGCAGCAGCUGGCGCAGGCUGCAAACCAACAGCAACAGCCAUCGCAAUCCAAGCCCUCGGCCCCCUCCAGCAACACCCCCAGCCCGCUCAGCCACCCACUCCUACCGGUCUCGGCCCCCAUCCCCAUCCCCACCGCCCCCAGCUUAGUGGCGGCCCUCCCCCAACCCAUGCCGUCCUCGGGGUCCGCUCCCUCCUCCAGCUGUGGACUUGGGCUGGGCCUGGGUUUGAGCAAAGUGGGCAUGACGGGGACCAGCAGUGCCAACCAAAUGUCCGGUCUUGGCCUGAGCGGCAUGCCGUCGGCGCUAAACACGAUGGCCGGGCUCAUUUCGGCGUCCACCCCUACCCCGUAUGCUCAGGCAGCGGCGUCGGGGGGCCUGGGUCUGAGCAGCAGCAGCGGCCUGUCCAGUGUUCCCAUGGAGAGCAGCCCUUCCAUCCCCGCCUCUGGCUCCAGUGGAGUCACCACCAAUGGCUCCGGCACAGGCCUUAGUUUGCUGGGCUCCAGCCCGGCGCACGGCUCUCUCACCGCGGGCCUCCUCGGCCUGGUCCCCGGGCAGAACGUUGGCCCCGGGUCCUCGCAGGUGACCCUCCCUCCCGUCAGCGCCGCUCCUGGCGGGGGCAUGGGCAUGCUGGGAGGCAGCGGUGCCAACGUCGGCGUGGUCGGAGGAGCGGUGCUCAACGCGGCCCCUGCCAGACCCCCCAGUGGACUCAAGCAGAACGGAACCACAAGUUACAGCGCAAUAGUAGCAGAGAGCUCCACAGAUUCCAAUCUAAGCACACCGAGCCAAUCACAAGGCAGCCAGCCUUCGUCGCUCACGUCCUCGACCAGUCAACCAAUGGACAACGGCCCUAGCCUCAUCAGCUCCAUCACCCUGCCGCCCAGCUCUCCCUCCCCCUCCUUCUCGGACAGCACGCCCGGCGGAAGCAGUCUUCUGAACGGACCCCACUCCUACUCGCAGACCCCCGAGGUCCUCAAACUCCCCACAGACCACCGUCAGAUGCUGAUGGACUGCCGGGUAUCGGCAGUUGCGGGAGAGCCGCCCGGGACCACGGCCACCAACACACGCAAACGAAAGCAGUGUCAGGCUCCUGAGGCUCUCAGCUCCCUGAAGGCCAUGGCCGAGCGGGCAGCGCUGGUCUCAGGCCUUGACGGAGAGAUCCCCAACCUGCACCUCACAGAUAGAGAUAUCUUCUCUAGUUCCUCUGCAGCCCCCGGCACCCCGGCGGCCCCCCAGCCCUCCCUGUCAGAGGUCAGCAUCCCCCCGUCGCUGGGCGUGUGCCCCCUGGGCCCCACGCCGCUCCCCAAAGACCAGCUCUACCAGCAGGCCAUGCAGGAGUCGGCCUGGACACACAUGCCCCACCCCUCGGACUCUGAGAGAAUCAGGCAGUACCUGAUGAGGAACCCGUGUCCCACGCUGCCCUUCCACCACCAGAUGCCGCCUCACCACUCAGACUCCAUUGAGUUCUACCAGAGGUUGUCCACGGAGACGCUCUUCUUCAUCUUCUACUACCUGGAGGGCACGAAGGCUCAGUACCUGUCUGCGAAGGCGCUGAAGAAGCAGUCGUGGAGGUUCCACACCAAGUACAUGAUGUGGUUCCAGAGGCACGAGGAGCCCAAGACGAUCACCGAUGAGUUUGAACAGGAUGGGGCUCAUCUUCCAAGAGCAGCUCUUCUCUACAGCUCAACACCGCCACCACCAGUUAAGAGAAAGACACGCAUGCACAUUUUUUGGGAGGAACUGCUGAAAAUAAUGUGCUUAAUGGCCACAGUGAAACAGAGCAGGGGCGUUGUGUAGCCAACGAGCUGAGAGGUCCUUAACCCAUUGACGCCUAUAAAUAGACGCUUUGGAAAUGGCUGAUUUAUUAUAACAAGUUAUGACAGAAGAAAAUCAAAAGAGAACAGUAAUGCUUUUAAACUAAUGAUUUGUCGCUAGACUUGGCCUGCACAUGAAAGUAUAAUAUAUAAAUACGUCGUCUUGCAACUGAAGCUAUGCAAUACUGCCAGUAGUAUGUAGAGAUAUGGUUAGAACAUGUUAAGAUCUUUUGUUGGUUCUAAAUAUUUAAAUACCUCAAGUAUUUUUAGCAUAGUGUUUUAGCUAAAGUAUAGUAUUCAGAAGAGAAUAGUGGUUAAAGUUAGUUAUCAAGUUAAACAUUAAUUUAAGCGGUGUAUGCCAUAAUGCAUUUAUUUUAAUGAAAAAACCAACAACUCGUACGUUGCAGUUUAUUUAUUUUUAUGUGAAAGGUAAUAUGAGCGCAUGAGCUACCAUUCAAGUCGCAGGCGUGGUUUGUCAUGUAGUUGUCUUAUUGGACCGGGGCCUUGUGUCUACACCCUGCGGAGACCUGAUCAGGAUGCGACCCAAACCACCUCAGACCUGCUGUGUUCUUCUACAAGAGGAGCCGUCUGAUGAGAGGCUCCAUGCUUGACAGUUAAUGUGUCCUGGUUGGAUCACUGCCCAAAAGUAUUAGAGAAGACAGUGUAACCAAAGUAUGGUUUAAUCGAUCAGUCUUUGCACUCUACAAGACAAGCUGUCAUUACUAGAGGGGGUACACAUUGGAUUCAUAUCGUUCUGAUAGCUAAAUAAGUCGCCCCCUUUUACAAACUAGUGAACACACCUGCUGUUGAAGUAUAGCAAACCUUUUGAAAGUAAAGAAAUUACACUUUAAAUGUUUACCAGAAUCUCAACUGGAGCUCGGUUAGCUGUUGGCUGCUGCAGCAGUCAAAUGUCAGUCAUGCAUUCAAUAGGUGUGUUGCUUGCGUGCUGCGGUGACCCAACCAUGUAUAGACCUUAACGCGCAGCUGAUGACAUCCUAUUCAACUCUGAUCUGGCAGUCACCCCCCUGUCUGAAGUGAAUUCUGUAAGGAUAUAUUUAAAUGUGACUGUUCCGGGGCACCUUCUUUCCCCUUUCAGGUACAACCAGCACUAUUGUAAAGUGCGAAUAGGCUAUGGUUUUUCCUCGCGUCCGCUGACGUGGGCACUCAACUGACACUGCUGUCCUCUGCACCGUCUCCUCCAC